AUGCCUGGCAUCGAUGAGUCCAUUGUGGUACCUAACAUUGCGCUUAGUCCUAAUGCUAAGCCAGUGAAGCAAAAGAUUCGAAAGAUGAAUCAUAAGGUGGCUUUUUUAGUUAAGGUCAAGAUAGAGAAGCUCCUAAAAGAUGGCUUUUCUGCCCCAUCAACAAUUCACCCUGGAUCUCGAAAAUUGUCGGCCUCAUCUCACGCUUUAGUGACAUUAUUAGCCCAACGUGAUGAUGAAGGCCGGGAAAGAGCAGUCUAUUACAUCAUACGCACUUUGAUAGAUUAUGAAAGCCAAUCUUCUACUAUGGAAAAACAAUGCUUAGCUCUUGUCUUUGAGACUCACAAGCUAAGACACUAUAUCCUCCAUCUAGAAAUGCAGGUCAUUGCUAAAGAUGAUAUCCUUAAGUACCUUUUUGCAAAGUCUGAUCUUUCAGGAAGUUUGGCCAAGUGGGUGAUGUUGCUCUCUGAGUUUGACCUGCACUUCAUAACUCAAAAGUCAAUCAAAGGGCAGGUCAUUUCUGAUCAGUUGGCUGAUGCUCCCUCAACCAAGUCUUUUCCUACCUUAGACCUCUUCCUCGACGAGGAUAUUUUGAUCAUUGACCAGGUCUCCAUAUGGGACAAGUAUUUUUACAGAUUGAGGUGUCAAACUGGCUCAGGUGUAGGUGUGGUUUUUAUCUCACCUAAAGGAAAGCUAGUUCCUCUUUCUUUUUGUUUAGAAUUGCAUUGUGCCAAUAACAUUGCUAAGUACGAGGCCCUGAUUGCAAGACUCCAUCCUGUGAUUGCCAUGGCAAUAAAGAACAUCCACAUCCAUGGAUAUUUUGAACUUAUUAUAAACUAA